AUGCCAGCGCUCCGUGACAGGAAGCGAGCGGCUUCACCCGUGGCCGAUCCAGACCCGCCACGAAAGACUCGCGGCAGACAGAAGGUUGCAGAAGUUGAUCUUAUCAGCAGCGACGUUGAGGUGGUGGAGACGAAGCCGGCGCCGAAGAGGAGAGGUAAAGCUGCAGCAGCGAAGGGUGCUGACCUCGACGUGCUUCCCGCUCUUGAUAGCGACGUCGAUGUUGCACCAGCCCAAACGAAGAAAGCGCCACCGAAGCGCAAGACUAAGGCCACCAAGGAUGAGAUUAUAGCAGACGACUCUGAUGCUCCUGUUACUUUCAAUGACAAGGUCAACGGCAAGGACACCGCCGGUCAAGCUCAGUAUGCCAAAGCUGAGAAGCUGAUCAUCCCUGUGGACGAAGCCUGCCCACACAGUGGUCGCGUGUUUGUUGACAGCAAGAGUGGUAUAAUCUACGACGCAGCUCUCAACCAGACGAAUGCCAGCGGCAACAACAACAAGUUCUACAAGAUCCAGCUUCUCACCGGGGACCAAGGCACGUUCCGUACCUGGACUCGCUGGGGUCGAGUCGGAGCCACAGGUCAGAGCGCACUGCUGGGCAAUGGCAGCUUUCACGAUGCGCUCAGCAACUUCGAGAAGAAGUUCAAAGACAAAUCUGGUCUGAACUGGAACGAUCGCAACAGUGCUCCAAAGUCUGGCAAGUAUGUCUUCCUCGAACGUAACUACGAGCCAGAGUCGGACGUCGACAGGGAAGACACCCCAAACGACGACAAGCAGCAAGGCAACGGCAGCCGGUCACGUAGUGCGUCGCCGGCGAAGUGCACACUUCAGACCCCUGUGAAGUCCCUGAUGGAGCUCAUCUUCAACGCCGAUUACAUCGCAGAGACCAUGGCUGACAUGAGCUACGAUGCUCAAAAGCUCCCACUGGGCAACCUCAGCCGAUCAACGAUCCUUCGCGGCUACCAAGCGCUCAAAGAUCUCUCUACACUCUUCAACGACCCCAAUCUUGCGCACUCGGAGCAUGGCACACCGUACAAUGAGGCUGUUGAGAUGCUGUCCAAUUGCUACUACUCAUACAUCCCGCACGACGUCGGCCGAAAUCGUCCUCCGGUUAUCCGAGAGACCGAGAGACUACGGAAGGAAGUGACGCUAUUGGAGUCUUUGACAGACAUGAAAGACACUGACAGCAUCCUGAAGUCAGAGAAGGGUAGUGGAGGCGUUCACCCUCUGGACCUUCGUUUCAAAGGUCUUGGAAUGCGUGAGAUGACGCCGGUAGACUCUACGACCGCAGAGUUCACCAAUAUCGCCGACUAUCUGAUCAACACUCGCGGACACACUCACGGCCAUACCUACAAAGUCGAGGACAUCUUUCGCAUCGAGCGGGACGGCGAGACUGAGCGAUGUCAAAACUACGCACAGUCCAACAGUGAUCGCCGCCUAUUGUGGCAUGGUUCUCGUGCUACCAACUACGGAGGCAUUCUGAGUCAGGGACUGCGCAUUGCUCCUCCAGAAGCACCAGUCUCCGGCUACAUGUUCGGCAAAGGUGUCUACCUUGCUGGUAAGUCGACUCAUCCCAUCGAAGAACUUGAUGCUGACCAUGUUGCAGACAUGAGUUCCAAGAGCGCGAACUACUGCUGUUCGUACUUGAGUGGCAACCAUGCUCUUCUCCUCUUGUGCGAGGCUGAGCUUGGUAAGCCGAUGCAAGAACUCACUGACGCGUCAUACGAGGCUGGCGAGACUGCUGCAGAGAUCAACGCGCUCUCCACUUGGGGCAAGGGACUGGUCGGCCCUGAGGGAUGGAAGGAUGCAGCUUGUGUUCACCCUUCUCUCGCUGGCGUGUCUAUGCCCGACACGCGCAUCUUGCCAGGAAACACCAACGUGCCGGAUGCAUACCUGCAGUACAACGAGUACAUCUGCUAUGACGUGGCUCAGAUCCGCCUGCGCUAUCUCCUCAGGGUGAAGAUGUAG